AUGGCUCUUCCCGCUAAAGUACCAAACCCGCCCAAUGGGUCUACCACAACAUUAAGUCAACCCAAUACUUCUACUUCACAAACCUCCGCCACCACCCCUUCAACACCAACCCCUAGGUCAUAUCUCGAUGUUGCUACAGCUGCUUCUAAGCCUGUUCAAAUCGCGUUUGCCGCAAAAAUACCUCCCCUCACUCGAUUUUUCUUCACCUCACCUGCUGCCCCCACCCUUACUGAUGAAUUUUGGACUGCUCUCCGAGCCAACGUUCCUGAAGAAUGUACCUUGGGAGUGUUAUUCCCCAACAAACAGCCGCUCAUCCACGAAAUACCCCUUACCAGUUCCGCCAUCAGUACCGACAUCUGUACCAAAGGCUUCCCAGUAGGGAGCCAGACAUACUUCCCUUAUAUGGGUAUUGCCCCAGGCACAAAAAAUUUGUGUAUCUUCCUCGCCCAGCUUCCCUUCCUUCCUCGCCCUCUGCUCCAAGAGGCUAUCGAAACAGCCUUGGCCGCGUAUGGCACUGUCCGCGAAUACGGUUUGGAUCUCCGAUACUGGUUUUGCUUGCUUUUGCUUACCUUGAACAACCACCUAACCCCGAUGCCACUCUUGCCAAACUUUCAUACAAGAUCCCGUACCUGGAAACAGAUGGGUCUCCACUGUAAAUAUUUUAAGGCUAUGGAACACGACAUUGAGAACUGCCCUGAACGUCCCAAAGACUCCCGGCGAUGCUUUACCUGUUAUCAGACUGGUCACUUGCAACAUGCCUGCCCUAGAGCACCACCAGUAGAUGCCAUCUCGUCCAAGAAGCCCCGUAAGAUACCCGUGAAACCAGUAUCCCACCCUCAACCACCCAAGAGCACCCCUGCUGAUUGUCUCAAGACACCGACUAAGCAGUUGACUCUCCCACAAGCUACCAUGAACUGCCGCGGACUUGUCAAGUUUGGAAACACAAAUACUCGCUCUCUCUUUAUUAGAUAUCUUCGCUCACUCUCUUUAGACAUACUUACCCUUCAAGAAACUCAUGCCAGCACAGACGCUCUUCAACAGACGUUUCAUCUUCAAUCUCAAGCAUCCUACUCGUUAUGGUCUCCUCGCUGUGACCGCGUCACAUCGCCUGACGUUCGACCUAUGCCUAUUUUUCAUCGCGAACUUUCCUCAUCGACUAUCGACUACAUAUAUGCCUCUAAGGACAUCGCAUCUUAUCAUUCACCAUCCACCGUCACAUAUGUUCAGCCCCUGUGGACCGAUCACUGCCUUGUACGUACCUGCCUUCGCUUUCCUGCGCUUUCUCAAAUUGGUCGGGGUUUAUGGCGUGCAAACCCUCGUUUGACUCACAACCCCUCCUACUGCUCCUGCCUGUCCGACUGUUUUUCCUCCUUCCUACCACUGCUCUCGCCUUCGAUCUCCCCUCAAUCACAAUGGGAUCAGAUCAAAGUCGAAGUGGCCCGUUUCACACUUUCAUAUUCACGCACAACCCGCCCAUCCCUUGCCACUUUGCAGGUAAAACUGCAGAGUAAACAUGACCAUUUGAUACAUAAAUUUCGCUAUCGGCCUGCUCAGGACUUUCAGCUUCCUAUCGUUGAGCCUCAGCUUCAGCGAGUUCAACAGGAACGUAUCGAGAUACUAGCACUCCGUGCCGGAAAACACUGGCGAGAACAGGGCGAAACUUCCGCUGGUUUUUUGAAACGCACAGUUGCUACUCGCCAAGCUCGAACCACCAUCGCCAGCAUCCGCCACUCCUCCCCAGGCACCUUAUGCACUGACCCCGAUGAUCUUAUGGAAGCUGCUGCUGCAUUUUAUGAAGAGCUUUACACACCCGACCCUCCUGCUCAGACAGCUAUUGACGACCUCCUCCUUCAUUUGCCACCAGACCUCUUCCUCUCUGACACUCCUUCAACCCUUCACCUUGGAUGA